GCUCAUUUCAUUUUGCUCUUCACACUUUCAAUCUCUCUCUCUCGAAGCCGCUACUCUGCAUCUGUGCCGAAGAAGAGUUAUCUGUAGUUAUCAACCAUGGGUAAAGAGAAGACACAUAUAAACAUUGUGGUUAUUGGCCAUGUCGACUCUGGGAAGUCUACUACCACAGGACACUUGAUCUACAAGCUUGGAGGAAUUGACAAGCGUGUGAUUGAGAGGUUCGAGAAGGAAGCUGCUGAGAUGAACAAGAGGUCAUUCAAGUAUGCCUGGGUUCUUGACAAGCUGAAGGCGGAGCGUGAGCGUGGUAUCACCAUUGAUAUUGCGUUGUGGAAGUUUGAGACCACAAAGUAUUACUGCACAGUUAUUGAUGCUCCCGGACAUCGUGACUUUAUUAAGAACAUGAUCACUGGAACCUCUCAGGCUGAUUGUGCUGUUCUCAUCAUUGACUCUACCACUGGAGGUUUUGAAGCAGGUAUUUCCAAGGAUGGUCAGACUCGGGAGCAUGCUUUGCUGGCCUUUACUCUUGGUGUGAAGCAAAUGAUUUGCUGCUGCAACAAGAUGGAUGCCACUACCCCCAAAUACUCCAAGGCCAGAUAUGAUGAAAUUGUGAAGGAGGUGUCUUCAUACCUGAAGAAGGUUGGGUACAACCCUGAUAAAGUUCCCUUUGUCCCCAUCUCUGGAUUUGAGGGAGACAACAUGAUUGAGAGGUCAACCAACCUUGACUGGUACAAGGGCCCAACACUUCUGGAAGCUCUUGAUCAGAUCAAUGAGCCAAAGAGGCCUUCUGACAAGCCACUCCGUCUCCCACUUCAGGAUGUUUACAAGAUUGGUGGUAUUGGAACUGUCCCUGUUGGACGUGUUGAGACUGGUGUUAUCAAGCCUGGUAUGGUUGUGACCUUUGCCCCUUCUGGCUUGACAACUGAAGUUAAGUCUGUUGAGAUGCACCACGAGGCUCUGACUGAAGCACUCCCUGGAGACAAUGUUGGGUUUAACGUGAAGAAUGUUGCUGUGAAGGAUCUGAAGCGUGGGUAUGUUGCCUCCAACUCCAAAGAUGAUCCUGCCAAGGAAGCUGCCAAUUUCACCUCCCAGGUCAUCAUCAUGAACCAUCCUGGUCAGAUUGGAAAUGGAUAUGCCCCUGUGCUCGAUUGCCACACAUCCCACAUUGCUGUCAAGUUUGCUGAGCUUGUCACCAAGAUUGACCGAAGGUCUGGCAAGGAGCUCGAGAAGGAGCCGAAGUUCCUCAAAAAUGGUGACGCUGGUUUUGUUAAGAUGAUUCCCACCAAGCCAAUGGUUGUCGAGACCUUCGCUGAGUACCCGCCGCUUGGUCGGUUUGCCGUGAGGGACAUGCGUCAAACAGUUGCUGUUGGUGUCAUCAAAGCUGUGGAGAAGAAGGACCCGACAGGAGCAAAAGUCACCAAAGCUGCCCAGAAGAAGAAAUGAGCAAUUGUUUCCGACCUCUAGUAGUUCUUCCUACAUGGAAGGGCUACUAUUAUCACCUAUUAUCCGCUUUAUGUUUCUUGAAUUUAGUUUUGAACAUUUUACCAGUUUUGAAAAUGGCCCCGGAGGAUUCUUCCAUUGCGGUUCUCUAGCCUCCAUGUGAGGAUAGUGGAGGAAUCGAGCAAUCUGUUUUGUCUCUGCAAUCAUCACAGAUUGCUUGGUGCCAGUUAUGGAAGCUCUUCCUUUGGAAGCCGUCUCGCAUUUUAUGUUGAUGAGAGGGUGUACUUUUGGGUGAACGCUCUAUUAUUUUCUGCAACUUUUUUCAGUCAAUUUUCUGUGUCUGUUUUCCUUGCAUUUGCUGGUUCUUUCCUCACAUGACAAAUGUGGUUGGCUUGUUUUUUCUGAGAUUUUGAGGUGUGGUCUUUGUUUUAUGACUUGCUGUGCUUAGCUAGUCUUGGAACUUUCUGUUCAUGACUUCACGUAGCUAGUCUUAGGGGCUGUUUG